AUGGCACUUGACUCAUUUUUUGAUGCAAGAACAGGAGUUCAGGACCAGGAAGAUGCUUAUAUCUAUGACUUUGCAGUCCACCACGUCGCAAACACACUGGUAUCAGGGUCAUUUAUGCUAAAUUAUACGCCUUCUGAAGUUGACGAUGAUAAGUCCGAUGAAUUUGACUCGAGUGUUGAGUGUGAAUCAAGUGGUGAUGGUUCCGAUGAAAAUAACGACGCGGAUGAUAAUGGUUCGAAUGAUGGUUUUCCUAUAUGGCGGCGGACUAACCGGGUGGCGAUGGCUCGCAAGGAUUGA